UUCGUUGGUUACGGUUAAUAUGCAGGCCCCCUGUUUUAUGUGCGAGUGGUUCCACUUCACCAAUGAUAAAUACAAAGUGAUUCACAAUUCUGGCCUAUGGUAAAGUUGUGCCGUGAUCAUAUUUGCAGGUAUAUAGCGAGUAGUAGAAGAGUUUUAGGUGGUGGAUUUUGCAGGGAAAGUAGACCUUGUUCAGCAGAGGAGUAAAUCAUACAUACACAGUCGAGAGUCGGAGAGAGAAGGAGAGAACUGGUUGUACAUUGCACUGAAAUCCGGGUAACUUGUACCCAACGAACUGUACAUUAAAAGCUAAAAGUAUCGUUAAACUUCACAAUUUUGCGAAUCGAUAAGACAAUCGAGAGCGACUUUUUUUAUUGGGCAUUGUACCAGCAUGAUGACCAGUGACGUUAUACUCCGUGGGUUUCAAAUGGGGUUAAAAAUCGUCGUAAAACGUAAAUAGUAAAACGAAACGGUUACACAGUGGGUAGUUAAAUAUGCCGUAAAUUGUGCCAAACUACUACUUUACUACGUUACACGCUUAGUUGUAAUACAAAGGAAUUAUAUUACGAUUCAGUUAUUAAAGAGAAAGAAAUACCCAAUGUGGAAAUUUGCGAUACCAAAAAUCUGGAGAAUUCGUAAAAAAGCUGUGAGAAGUGUAUAGAGAUUUGUUUCCGUUGUAAGGAAGAAAUGUAAGGUUGGAGGACACGACUUCAAAAAAAUUGUAAAAGUUUAUUCAAUUUUGUAAUUUUGUCCAAAUAUUUGGCAAUAUCGAAAUAUGUGUCGUUAUUCUCAUCUCUGUAAUUCGCCAGUCUUAUUUCAAAGCCUUGUGAAAAUUAGGAGAAUAAAUAGGUUUCCCUAAAUUCGUCGUCGUACAUAGUCCGAGAGUAACAGUUAACGUGUGUCCAUAAUAACAGUAGCUUUACCCAAGAAAGAAUUGGUGUUAUUUGCGCUCAUGCAUGAUACUCCAGCUACCUAAUUACUUAAGUUUUUGUCGUACAAUUACUGAUGACCUGACACCAAAAGAUAAUUAACUGAUUCAAAAUGUGUGCUCAAAGUGGUGCUAUGUGUCUCCUCAACCAAAUUGUUUAACUAUUUCACAUAAUAUUACAUAGCAAGCUCUUUAAUAUUUUACCUUAUAAUUCUGGACAAGCUAAGAAAGUGUUGGACAAAAAUGAAUUCAUCAUUAAAUAUGUAAAUACUAGCGAUAACUUUUGUCAACCGUGCAGUUAACUUUUCUUCGACAUUAUUUAAUCAAUCGUUGAAGGCGUUUCUUUCAUAAAAAGGGACACCUAAUUAAUUCCAGUCUAAUGAAGAAUAUUAUGUCCGGAUCGAUAAUCAAGUUAAACGUCAGUGUACAUCGCCAAUUUAAAAGUGCAUUUCACCGAAGAAGUUAUCAUCCCCGUGUCCGAAGGCGGAAACAGGAUCAUGGAUAACCAAGAAUAAUUAUAAUUUGUAUACUUAAAAAAACAGUAACAAUGAACCAUAAACAAAUCCCAGUGAUAGUUACUAGUUGUUUCUCAAUUAAAAAACUACCCGACGACCCACCCCAACAAUUCCAGACGCACACAAAAGCAUAAAACUUGGCAUCACGAUCACCACUCUGGUCAACUGUCAACUCUUGAACAUUAUGGAAUAUUCCAUUUCUAAUACAUAAACUAAAAGCAGGCUAUUUAUAGAUUGUAAUAGAUAAGUAAAUGACAAGGUCCCUUAGAAUUAGCGAAAAUAGUGCUGCUAAACUUUUAACAAGACGUUGCUGAGUGAGAGAAAAUGUGCAAAAUGCUCGAGUUGACAGUGACCUGUUAUGCGUGUGGGAUGCCAUCCUCGUCCCUCUGGGCACGAAGGGUGCGACGUCGUCGAGGUCAUGAGAACGGAUCAUCGUCAUCGUCAUCAUCAUCGUCAUCAUCACCAGCUCCAUUUUACCCCCAACUGGAAGCCAAGGAUUGUCCCCCAGGAGCAGUGGUCAACGACGAUGGCACGGUCCACCUCUGCGCCUUCUGUUUCGCCUUGCUGGAUUUCCAGCAGCAAUCUUCCAUGUCGUCCGAUGGUGGGGACAAGGCUUCUGGCAGCACGGACAAAAAAGAUGCGGAGAAGAAAGUCAAUCCGAUUCUGUGGAAAUUUGUUUGUGGAGUUUGCGGCGUGGAAACUUACAGGAAACGUGUCCGGGCUUUGCCAAUUCAGAAGUUCCAAUUUUUAACGAAAACGAGGAAACCUGGAAGCAUCAGCAUAACGCUUGGCGAGUCGGAAUGUGCCGUGGUGUGCCUGGACUGCUCGGAGACGCUGUGGGUACAGAGUGACGAGUACGACCGGUGGGGGUUACCCGAACACAAGCGUCACUUUAAUUGGAUGGCAAGACCACCUCCACCCGAAGAUAGUGAAGAGGCCAAUCUGGCAAGACUGCCUUCGGGAAAAUCGCAGCUACCACGCACUCCACCAACGGAACCAAUUUUGCCAAUGAGCCCUGUAAAGGAGGCAGAAACCUUGCAAAAUUAUCGCCACAGGCCAAAGAAGGGUCAUAAAAUUCAUCGUCCUCACCGGUCUGGUUCGGUGAGUAGCAGCAGCAACUCGUCCAGCUCCAAUAUGCAAAUGGAUAUUGAUAGCUUCCAACCACAAGUUAAGCGAAAAAAGAUGUUGGAUGGUGAAAAUGGAUCUCCGUCAAACAGAAUGAUGGAUCAAACCCUACCCCACUUGGAGUCCCUUGAUCUCAGCACUACUACCAGAUACAGUCCUCCAAUUGGGCGAAGUUCGUCCAAGUCGCCGUCGUCACAGACACUGCUGCAUUCAAUGACGUUACCAUUCCCCCUCCAGUACCCAACUAGCAAUAUCCCCCACGCGAGGAUGGCAUAUCCAAAUGUGUAUCCCGCUGCAACCACGUCGCACGACAAUACUCCUCGGAACCACAGUCCCACACAAUGUCAUCAAACUAACGCAAGCAUCAGGGGUCAAUUACCUGGUGGUGGUAGUGUCGGAAAUGUGCGACUACGAAGUGACCCCAUCCCAAUUCGACAACAACAUAGCAGCAGUUCACACAAUCAACCCGUGUAUGUCUUGUCGUCCAGCAUAUUGCGUAAUGCGGCUGGGUUCACAAGAAGACACGGACAUGACCUUAUUGGGAUGAGUGACAAUGGGAUGAUGCAAGCGAGGUAUCACACAAACGUUGGCAGACCUACGUUUCAAGAAGAGAUUCUUCAUCGACCUCAUUUUGUGUACACUGCCCGACCGCCGCCUACUUUGAUGAGAGACUCGGACCCAUUCCAUUACAGAUUUCUCUCCAGAAUUCCAAAUUCUGUGAACCAAAAUUCGCAAAGGAUUCGAGUUCAGAGCCAAAGCCUGAGACAAAGCCAAGAUUAUCCAAUUCUUCAAAGAAAGACUCCAUCACAAGCUUCUCCCACGUUCAGGGAAGAUUACGGUCCCCCAACUUCACGACGCUUCAGUAUUCCAAGUCUUGCCCCGCCUGUCGUAAAAGGUGAUGGGAUGUCGCCAUCAAUAGCUCUUCUUCCCAAAAAACGAAGAAGUUGGGACAAUCUCAAUAAAUCUGUACCAAGUGGUCUGGUAACAUUUGUCCCAUCCGAUAGGCCGACAAGCUCAGCCGACAAAUCACAUUUGCAAAACACUACUAUGAAAAAUACAGAUGCUGUUAUCCAAGGAACGAAUGUCCACAAUUUCAAUGAUAUUCCCAAUUAUAAAAUUUGACAUAAUUCAAAACGUCAUAAAAAUUCUUAAAAUUAUUGUUUGUGGCUGAUGUGAGUCUGGACUAGUUAAUUUUUAUUAUUUGCUUGAAAAUUUCCUUGAAAAACAUUUAAAUGUAAAAUUAAAAUCCUUACGUUUAAAAUUUCGUUACUUUUUUUAUAAUCUCAAUUUUUACGUAAACGACAAUCUCUUCAUGCUGGUAUCCAUAAGUAAAUAUAAAAAUAUUAUCGAUUAUGCGUAAGUAUGUAACUCUUAUUGUGGUGCUAAACAUGCGGGUCAAAGUAUUUUUAUAGAGACAAUGUAUAAGGCCAUUUAGUUAUUUGUCGCAUAUGUACAACUGUGUUUAAACCAGGCAACAUAUACCUAAGUACAUACAUGCAUAUAUAAGUAUACGUGUUGUUAAAUUCUUAUUGGAUCAGUAUUAAAUAUCCAGCAUCCAGGGGAGAGGUCUUACAUAAGCAAAUAAUUAUAUAGCGGUAUACAUAUUAUUAAGUAUGGUAAGGAAUUGUACUGUUUGUAGUCGAUGGGUCAGUAGUUUUCUGAAAUCUAUUUGAAAAUACUAUAUUACAUCUACAAAUGAAGGUUAACUAUUUGCCUGCAUACUGUUUGAUGUAUGCACAAUAAUUAUCUAAGUACCUCACCCAGUCAGUCUCAAUAAUAUAAUCGAAUAUUACGACAUAGGCUCAAUACAUGUAUGUCUUGAUGAAUUUGGUUCACUGGUUAAACAAAAAAUGUAUAUUGAUGUGAUGAUAACUGAUAAUAAUGAAUUUCUUAAGAAAAAAAGGCUUGAAAGUUGUGCGUCCGGGAGGAAGGAGGACACAGUAUUAAAGAAGCAAUUGUGCGACAUUGUGCUAUUACUGUACAUGUAUAAUUGGGGGUUGUUUGUUUAUUUCAUAAUGCGGGUAGAUUUCAGUACUAUGUGUUUAAUUUAAACGUUUCACUCUCAGAAGACAUAAAUGGCUAUAUGAUUCAAAUUAGCGAUAUUUGAUAUAAAAAUCCCCAAGUUGCCGCAAUAAAAUUGUUUUCAUAAAUCUAA